AUGCAGGCCACUAAUCCCAGUACGAGUUCAAGCCAGCAAAGUACCACAAGCUCCUACGGCAGUAACUUAAAUGCCAGUCAACUGCUGAUGGUGAAUGUCAAAGACGCUUUUGGAAGCGGCGAUGGCGAGAAAUCGCGACUGCUGCAUCAGCUCAAGACUGAACGUGGAAAAGCAGGAGGAGACGGCGAUCCGUAUGUCCAGUCUACCCACGCCCAGGAGAACCACUUAAAGGGUGGCGAGUACAUUAAAAGUGCUGUCUACGGUGGUCUAGAUGGGAUCAUCACGACCUUUGCCACCGUCACGUCUGUUGCUGGCUCGGGUCUUCCACAUGCAGUUAUCCUCAUUAUUGGCCUCGCUCACUUGGUAGCAGAUGGACUCAGUAUGGGGCUAGGAGACAUGCUGAGCAGUCAAGCUGAAGCGGAUUUGGCCAACCACGAACGGUCUCGAGAAGUCUGGGAGUUUGAAAACUACCCAGAAGGAGAGAUCGAUGAGAUGAUUGAGGUUUACGAGAAAAAGGGCGUCUCUACUGAAGACGCUCGACUUGUGGUCCAGACACUGGCCAAGUACAAGGAGGCGUUCAUUGACAUUAUGAUGGUCGAGGAACUUAAUCUCAUGCCUGUGGAUGCAGAGGACUCGCCACUGACUGGCGGCCUCAUCACGUUUCUCUCUUUUAUGCUCUUUGGCAUCAUCCCGCUGCUCUCGUACCUGGUCAACUUGGUGCCUGGUAUCGACAUGAGUCCAACGACGACGCUGUAUCUGUCGUGCUUCCUUACAGUUGUCACACUGUUCUUGUUGGGUGCCGUGAAAGGCAGAUUUGUUGGACAAAAGAUGUGGAGAGCAGGUGGCUCGAUGGCGAUCAACGGCACCAUUGCGGCUGCAUGUGGGUGGGUCAUUGGGUACUUGCUGCAGCUCACAGGCAUCCAGAAUGUUGGAUAA